AUGGCCGUGUCUACUGCUUCCGCAGCCCCUGCAGGGCCUGACCACAACUCUGCCACGCCCCCUGCAACAUCUGACGUUCUGUCUUCCCUGGAUCCUAUCACUGAACCCGUGGAAGGAGAGCAUCAGGUGCCCGCUGAAAGCUUCUGGGAAUGGGCGCCGCGCGGAAAGGAUAUGGAGUUCCUGCCAAUUCCUGACGCCGACCUUCCGGACAAGUUCCGCUGGAGACGCAACCCUGAUGAUCCCAGUAUACCAGACCUAUGCUUCGGGCUGUUCAUUCCCAUACAUGGUGUCGACAUCGACGCGCGAGCUAAGGAGCUCGGGGGAACGGCGCAUCCAGGGAGCUUGUGGCCGAGUCACGAGAUCAUCAUCAACUACGUGAUGUCAAGGCUUCGUCGCGGUGCGUUUAUCGAGCCUCUGGUGGCACCUUUCUCGUGGGCCAACUGGGCGAAGAGCAAUGGUAUCAAAGACCCCGACAUGAUGCUCAUCGUGUUCUAUAACAAUGGUGAUGGGCCUGGCCUGCGAGCAUGGUACGCUGGGGCCAGACGGAACGCGUUGGUCAGGGUUCUCAAAGAGGCGUUCGGUCCGAAGAUGCCUGCUGACGCCGGGCCGAUGUGGUAUUUGGACCCCUGCGGUAAGUGA